AUGACCUCGUGCAUGGCUUCGCUCGCUCUGAUUGUGCUACUUGCGCUGGUCGCGGCGGCGGCCGCUGCGCCUGGUCCGUCGCGGGUCGUCUCGCUCCUCCAGCUGGCCAAGGGCGGCAACGCCACGUUUGGCAACGCUGCCGUCGCUAUCGACAUCGCCUCGGGCACCGUCGAGGUCCUCGCGAACGUGCCGGGCUUUGGUGGGACGGGUAUGCUGUGCGGCGGUGCCGACGCGGCGUCGACCUUUGUCUGCGGGCUCGGCUCGGGCGGGGUGAUCAACCUCGAGACGGGCGAGGUGACGGUGCCUGCGAUGGUGACGCCGCCUGGCGUCCAGCUCGACGGGGUGGUGGCCAUUCCCGGCACAGACGAGUUCAUCGGGGUGGACCUCAACACCGGGCGGGUGUGGCGGCUGACGACCGAUCCGACUUUCGGCGUGGUCUUCACGCCGACCAAGUGCGACCAAGGGCUGUUUGACGAGGGUUUUGCCAUCACCGCCGACGGCGCGUUCUACCUCUACUCGACCGGAGCCCAACUGGCGUGGUGCAACCUGACGACGAACACCAUGACGACCUCGGAUGUCAAAGCCGGGCUCUUCCAUGGGAUCGUCUCGCUCGAAGGUGAGAUGUAUGCUAUCUCCCGCGGCUUUGACGGCGCAGCGCCCAUCGUGUACACCUUCCAGCAGGACGUGGGCUAUGCGUCCGGCACGUGGACGCCUGGUGCGCGGGUGGCUGAUCUGGGCCCUUCGGGCAAGUUUGCCGGCUACAACUUUGUCUCGUCGUUCUUCUCGGCCAACAGCGGCACACCCAGCGCGGGCCCCGUCCUCGGCGGCUUGUUUGUCGGCAAGACUGCGAGCCCGGUCGACGCCAGGUUCGACACGCUCCUCAUCUUCGACGCCGCGACAGGUGCUACCGUUGCCACCAUCGACGUCGCCGAUGCGUUUGGCGACGGCAUCGGGCUUGGCAUUGCCACCACGAGCAUGUUUGUGUAG